UGGAUGCCUGCCGAGCUAUCUUUUCGUUCCCCAUGCUACUCAGGACCAGCUAGAGAAAUAAGGCUAUACGAGCAGACCUAUCGUGAGCCCCCAAAUAAAGAAAACCUCCGUCUUUUACGUCUUGAGCUGCAACCCUUUGGAUGGCCGCAUAGUCUGUAUACGAACCCAGGAAUUAGAGGAGAGUAUCGGGGGUUUCAGCCCUACGGAGACUAACGAGACGGGAAAACAAGGGAAAAGCAUGAGGUUAAGCACGGUGUUGCUUCUGGCGCUCGGCGCCACGGUGGGCGCGCAGGAUAGGUCCAACGAGCACGUCGCGCUCUGCGACUGCAAAAACAGCGCAGACACGGUCUCCUCGCAGAUGGCAUACUAUCUGGGGGAGCCCGACUCCACGCCCGAAGACGUCGCAACCGUUCCCAACACUCCCAACGGACAGGCGAGGGUGUGGCCCAGCGCGACGACGUCGGCCUUGUUCACGCUCACAAACGUCACAUUCACGGUGAAGCUGGGCCCGCAGGUCGAGGUCGGCGCCUUCGCGGGCACGGGGAGCAACGGAUGGCCGUCACCCUUCAACUGCUGGUUCAGGCCGAGUCAGAACCUGUAUGUAUACGACGGGUGGACAUGUGCUAUGGUUUAUGACUGUUCGCAUGAUGCCGUGAAUUCUACCACAUCCACAACAUCUGCCUCACCAACAAGCAAACCAACUCGCGCCGCCAACAACCAGCAAGCCGACUCCUCCGGGAUCUCUACUCCAGCCCUGAUAGGCGUUGCCGUGGGAUCGGGCGUGGUGGCCAUCAUAGUCAUUGGUGCCAUCGGCUUCGUCUGCAUCCACCGUCGGCGGGCCCGCGACGUCAGGAAGCAGCUGGAAGAGCAGCGAGCGCAGUCACCUCCAAAGUCACCAUACGGCGGCGUGUUCGACGCCGAGGGAAGAUGGCACCAGACUGUCAAGCCCGGGCCUCCGCAGGAGAUUGAUGGUCAGUAUCGGGGUCUCGAGAUCCAUGCCGGUCCGACUGGUGGCUACAGGGAGAUUGACUCGACGGCAAUUGCAGCGGAGGUUGCAGGCAAUCGACCACAAAGCCACUUGUAUCGGGGUUGAAAAGUCCUUCAAAAGUCAUGCACGAGACAAAAAAAGAAUAAGAAAAAAAGCAAAAUUCCUCAGGUGAUCUUUUAGUGUCUACACAUAUUCUUUUGCGCUCCUAUGCGUCGGCAGCACGUGUAGACGUACAAAACAAAACCAGUGAUGACGAUCACUUUCUCUUUUAUGUCAUGUGUCUGAUCGAGAACAAUGGGAGACAUCUACGGUCAAGAUAAAUUAGAUGUGUGCUACCUGCGACGUGCCAAGCACCCCGAUUGGUGGCAAUGGUCAGCGUGUCGCAUAUAUUAGGGCUCCGCAGUUUCUCCAGUUACGGACGACAAAAAUGAAAGCAACAGGACGAAAAACCCCGGAACAAAACAGGCCGCCAAGAAAAACGGCACACUCCAUAUUGGGCCCAACGGCUUGGAUUGGCCCGCGCUAGGGAUCUUCGGCCUCGCCAGCCGUCUGUUCCCCGGACUCGCUCGCUCCGACCACUGCCGCUUUCGGAAGUCGUUCAUGACGCUUGGCCCUCCCCGUGACAAACCGAGAGAAAUGACUACCAGCGCCGCCCCACGCCUUGGAACCACUUGUUUUUCACAUUUUCCCCCUCAGCGGCGGUAACCUGAGUGGGACAGGCUUCAUCCGUUUCUGGUCUGGGCGACCGACUUGGCCAUUUCGCCUCUUAAUUGGGUUUGUUAUGGCAGCCGUGUCCCAAGAAUCUUGGUCAUAUCUGACAGUUGUUGUUCCCAUACACACUUUGACGGGAAACAAGUCGGCCAAGGCCGGCAGGCCCAUGCAAGAUGGAGGGUUGACGUUUCUCAUACUACCCUCAGAACCGGAUGACAUCUCCCUUUUGUCUGAUAUAAAAGUGAACCUCACAUCCGCCAUCUAUCCUGCAUGAGAAGAAGAACACGCCAGCCUCGUCUCAUCUCGCAACCUCCCCUGCCAACCACCUGCGUCCCAAGCUUCCACCACCUCAGCAGCAAACAUGAAGACCACCAUCCUUACCCUCUGCGCCGCCAGCGUGGCGUCUGCGCACACCAUCUUCUCGUCGCUCGAGGUCGGCGGCGUCAACCAGGGUCUCGGCCAGGGCGUGCGCGUGCCGUCGUACAACGGACCCAUCACCGACGUCAACAGCAUGUCGAUGGCUUGCAACGGCGACCCGAACCCGACCCAGUCAACCUCCAAGGUCAUCACGGUCCAGGCCGGCCAGGACGUCACGGCCAUCUGGCGCUACAUGCUCUCGACCACCGGCAGCGCCCCCAACGACAUCAUGGACAGCACCCACAAGGGCCCUACUAUGGCCUACCUCAAGAAGGUCGACAACGCCGCCACCGACAGCGGAAUCGGAGGUGGUUGGUUCAAGAUCCAGGAGGAUGGUCUUCCCGACGGUGGCCAGGGUCUCUGGGGUACCGAGAAGGUCAUCCAGGGCCAGGGCAGGCACACGAUCCGGAUCCCGCAGUGCAUUGCGCCCGGUCAAUACCUCCUCCGUGCCGAGAUGCUGGCCCUGCACGGCGCUGGCAGCCCCGGUGGCGCCCAGUUCUACAUGGAGUGUGCGCAGAUCAACGUCGUCGGAGGCACUGGAACCAAGACCCCUUCGUCCACCGUCAGCUUCCCUGGUGCUUACAAGACCAGCGACCCCGGCGUCACCCUCAGCAUCUACUGGCCCGUCGUCACCAAGUACCAGAUCCCGGGUCCUUCCGUCUUUACCUGCUAAAGGGAGAUACAUAACUGGGGAGGGCUGGAUUGCAAAAGCUGUUGCAAUGAUGAAAGGCCUGGAUAAGGGCGAGAUUUUUACUUCUUCUUCUCAAUAUGUUGUACCAAGGCUUUGAGCAUUUGCAUGUAUAAAGUUCUGUUUUACCGCUCACCUUGAGCGUCAAGAUUUCGUUUGGGGCUACUAGAGUUAUUGAAGUUGCCAAUGCCAUAUGGUUUUUUGGAAGAAA